AUGGGAGAUUACGAGGCGUGGGCUUCUUCAAGAACUUUUCAAGUUGGAGACUCUUUGGUGUUUGCAUACAACAACAAUUUCUAUGACGUCACUGAAGUCACUCACAAUGGUUUCAAGAUGUGUGAAUCGUCUAAACCGCUUAUGAAAUACACAAGUGGAUCUGACUCAAUCACUCUAACCAAACCGGGACUCCAACAGUUCAUAUGCGGAGUUCCUGGACAUUGCAAGUCGGGACAGAAACUUCAAAUUCACGUUUUACCGACCUCGUUGGGUCCCGUGACUGCUCCGGUUUCUAGACCAGUCCGAUCACCGAGCUCUUCCUCGUCUCCUUCACCAGCCAAUGCUCCACAGUAUCAGCAUCAGAUGGCUCCAUCCCCUCUUCAAAGUGGUGCCUCGAAGUCAGCUUCUUGGAUCGGCUUUAGCUUGUUGGCCUUGAUCUUAGCAUUCUAG